AUGGUAAGUCACAUGUGGACCCGGUCCACGGUCCACUCCUGCCGCUCACGCUCAACGCUCGCACACGCUCUGUGCCGAGCACCGCACGAGCUCAGCUGCCAAUUCGCUGCGCAGCGCGUCGUUCGCCGCCGGGGUUUUGUCCCUGCCGUGCGAGUCGUCGUCGCGCCGCUGUGCUCGGUCCGCGCCGAAAAGGACGACGACGGACGCACCGGGACCGGUCGGACGCGACGGGUCUUCGGGAUCGCUGUUCCAACCACUGGCUCAAGGGACGGCGCCAUGCUCGAUGGAGGUGCAGCCACUGAGAGGUCGCCGGACACCUCCCUGGCCCGGCAGAUUCGCCGCGCGGCGCUGCGCGCCGAGGCCGAGGAGGUGUCGACGCAGCGGCACCAGCUGCAGGAGGAGUUGUCGACGCUGAAGAGAUGGAUGGUCGAGCAGCGUGAGGAGCAGGCCCAAGGCCUUACAGAGCUGCGGGAGCUGCGAGGCACCUUGCACGGUGCCAGACAUGAGGUGGAGCAACAAGCUGCUACUGCCAGAGCACAGGCGGAGGAGCAGGCGCAGCUCGCGGAGCUCUGCCGUGAAGGCCAACGGCGCCUGGGGCGCGAGGUCUUCGCGAAGAUGUCGGAGCUCAACGAGAAGCUCGGAGAGAAGAUGCAGCUCUUGGAGGAUGAGCUCACCGCGCGCUUGGCCGAAACCGUGAGGAUGUUGCGUCAGGAGGCACAGAGUUGCCGCUGUGAGGAGUUCCAACGGGAGUGCCUUGAGGCGCUGGACGCAGGUCGAGAUGUCGCAGAGCGGAGCGCUCAAGACUGCGUCAAGGCCCUGGAGGAACACAUGGCCCGGGGUCGGAAAGAGGCUAGCAAGACGUGCCACUCUGUCGAGUGCAUGAGGCAACAGCUAGCUGAGCAGCACGAGAUCUCCCAGCACUUGCAGCUGGAACAGGAGGAGCAGCGGGAGCGCCUUCAAGAGGUGUGUGGUGGAUGCCACGAGCUCGAAGCUCGCAUGGAGGAGCUAGGCAGGUGGUUGGAGGCUCUGGGUUUGAGACCGCCAGGAGACGGAGCCCAGGCCGCGAAGGCUCCAUGGGUCUUGGAGCUGGAGAAACAGCACGAGGCUCUCGACAGCCAGCAAGUAGACCUGCAGUCCUGCAGGAAGUUGGUGGAUCAUUGCUCCAAAGAGCUCCAGGAGUUGAAUUUCUCCUACCUCCAACGCCAGGGACAGGUGGAAUCGUUGCUGGCCAAGCAGGGCUCCAGUUUGCAGAGCUUGCGCCAGAAAGUCUCCAAGGAGCGCAAGGAGGAGGGUGCACGCCGAGCAGCCUGGGAUGAGGAGCUCUCGAAGCUCCGGAACCAAUUGCAGCAAGGGAUCCUGGACCUGCGAAAAACGCAGGCCGAGUCUGCAGCAGCGCACACGGCGGCGGUGGAAGAGAAGCAGCAGGCGUUGCUGCGGCACUGCCGUGCGUGGGCCUCUGAAGCAUCUGAUGGAACCAAGGAGCCUGAUGGUGAGGGUUUAUGUGCCACCUGCUACGCCAAGGCUUCCGUGUAUUGCAGCAAGUGCAAGGGGAGAUGGUACUGCUCUCAAAGCUGCCAGGCGAAGGACUGGAACCUGGGCCAUAAGGGCGACUGUGGCCUGGGCGACAUCUUGCAGGUCAAAAGCCCAGUGCCCAAGCCCCCGGCACGGCUACUGGCGGAGUCAGUGGAGAGGCCCGUGCACAGCGACGCCAGCUGGCGGAAGCUCUUGGAGUCAAGUGACUUCAGCGCCCGUGGUGGUUGGCCACGGGGCCUGCGGAAUGUUGCUAACUGCUGCUACAUGAAUGCCACGCUUCAAAGCCUCUACCAUAGUGUGCCCUUGCUGCACGGAGCUUUGAAGCAACACAGCUGCGAUCACGAGAGGCAGCACACUGAGUCCGCCUCGGCGUAUCAGGAGCCGCCGCUUUGCUUUCGCUGCAAUCUGGCCGCGUUGAGCGAGAACCAUUUGGCCUCCGCCAAGGUCACUUCGGAUGGCGACUGGGAGCUGGAAGAUGUGGUUGAGCUGCAUGACCUCAAGACCGAGUCGCUCAACGGCCAGACGGGCCUCGUGGUGGAGCUUCUUCAGCCCAAGAGCGAAGCUCCAGAGGCACGGCUGGGCGUGAUGCUGCCGGGCAAGGCCUCGCCCAUCGCCAUCAAGACACAGAACUUGCGGUUCCUCUACAAUCGUUCGGAGGUGCCCUCGCCGCCCUACGAGGUGCUGCGCUGGCUCCCGCGGCUCAACGAGGAGUUCACCUUCGGAGCCCAAGAGGAUGCUCAUGAGUUCUUCAACGGUUUGCUACGACUGUUGGAGGAUGAAGAGCUGAAGGAUCACGCACGGCAACUGCAGGAGAGCUCGGGAGAGGCCUUGGAGGUUCAGGCCGACUUGACGGCCUUGCCCUCGCGGAUCUUCGGUGGAAUUUUGGUCUCCCAGUGCACCUGCACCCGGAAGGAGUGCGCACGGAGCAGCUUUUCCUUCGAGCCCUUUCGGGACCUCUCGUUGGAGAUCACCGAGGCCACGGACAAUCUGGAGGAUAUGUUAAAGCUUUUCACCGCGCCCGAACGGCUCGACAAGCAGAACUCCUGGAAGUGUGAGGCCUGUUCCGAGGUCGUGCGUGCGCGCAAGCAGAUCACCAUCUACUCACCACCCAACUUUUUGGUCCUUCACCUGAAGCGCUUCCGCUUCAUGGAGCGCGGCAAGGUCACCAAGAUCGUGCCCUUCCCAGCGAUCUUGAACCUGCGGCCCUUCUUGAGCUCAGGCGCCUCGGGAGAAGGACGUCCUGUGGAGUAUGAGCUCAGAGCCGUGAUCGUGCACGUGGAUAAGGCGGGAUACUCGCACUUUGGCCAUUACAUCGCCUUCGUGAAAUGCGCCACCCACCGUAAGAACACCUUCCAGUGGUUUCGCAUCGAUGAUAGCAUCAUCCAGGAGGUGGAGGAGCAGCAGGUGCUCCAGCAGCAAGCCUACCUCCUCUUCUACACGCGCAUUGGUGCCAGCCAGGAGGCCUUGCGGCGCCCCGACGCGGCGGCGGGCGCCGCCGGCGCCGCCGCACCGAGCCGAGGCCGUUGCAAAGGCCGCGAGGGCGUCAUUUGCUCCUUCUAUGCCUGUGCCGAGGGCCUGUGCACGCGUUGCUACCAGGAGGAGUAUGGCAGGCCGCCACCGGCCGAGGCGCAAGAAGCAGGCAGCGCCUCCAACGGCUACACGGUCACAGCCACCCCGAAAGCUGCACCGUCAGCGCCCGCGUCAGCGCCGGCGCCAGGCCAAGGAAAGGCGGCGAAGAGCGGGGCCAAGCCCAAAAAGGUCGGGGCCAAUGAUCCCUGCCCCUGUGGUAGCGGCAAGAAAUACAAGAAAUGCCACGGAGGAGCCUAG